AUGGAGUCGCAUAAUGAUGAUGACGUCAGUAGAUGGUGUCACACGACUCCACACCCAAAGCAUUGCAUGUAUUCUUUAUUUCAUGGCAGGGCUCACCUGCCACGAAAUAAGAGUGAAUUCCGGAUGGUCUCUUUGGAAGCUGCAUUAGACCAGGCACAUAUUACUCGAGGUUGCGCAACCAACCUGGAGAAACUGUGCCUGGGCAAACGCAAGAAAGAAGUUUGGAGAGACUGCUACAAACUCGUCAACAACACCAUUAUCCUUCUCAACCAAACCUUAACCGGUCUCAAAAACAAUAAAAUCUCCGAUUUUGAUGCGCAAACGUGGCUAAGUGCCGCGUUGACAAAUCUUCAGACUUGUUUUUCCGGGUCGCGUGAGGUGAACUUGACAAGCUUUGUUUCUCCUAUCAAAACAAGCAACUUGACAGAAAUGAUUAGUAAUAACUUGGCAAUCAAUCAGGUUUUCUUGAAUCAAACACAAAAAUCUGACAAAAUGGAGGAUUUCCCAAUUUGGGUUACUAAGAAAGAUAGAAAACUAAUGCAAUCGGCGUCGAUUUACAAAAGGGCGAACGUGACCGUGUCUCAGGCCAAAGGGAGCUUCUUUAAGACCAUACAAUCCGCACUUGAUUAUGCAGCAAGUAUUAACCGUGGAGAAGGGAGAUUUAUUAUAUAUAUAAAACGAGGUGUUUAUAGAGAAAAUAUAGAUAUUGGAAAUGAUAUGAAAAAUAUUAUGUUUCUUGGUGAUGGAUUGAGGUACACUAUUAUUACCGGUGACCGGAGCAUGACCGGAGGUUUUACAACUUACAGCACUGCAACCGUCGGUGUCGAUGGGACCGGAUUUAUGGCACGGGGCAUAACGUUCCGAAACACCGCAGGCCCGGGAAAAGGACAAGCAGUGGCAUUGAGGUCAGCUUCCGACUUGUCGGUUUUCUAUGCGUGUAGCUUCGAAGGUUAUCAAGACACGAUUUUCACUCUAUCGCAACGACAAUUUUACAAACUUUGUUACAUUUAUGGUACCGUAGAUAUUAUCUUUGGUAACGCGGCGGUAGUAUUUCAAAAUUGUAUGAUUUUAGCUAGAAGACCGUUGAAUGGACAAGCUAAUAUGAUAACGGCUCAGGGUCGCGGUGAUCCUUUUCAAAACACAGGAAUUUCAAUUCAUAAUUCCCGUGUUAUGGCUGCACCAGACCUACAACCUGUGGUAGGUUCGGUGAGAACCUAUUUGGGACGACCUUGGCAAGAGUAUUCAAGGACCGUUUUCAUGAAAACUUUUAUUGAUACUCAUGUCAAUCCACAAGGAUGGUCACCAUGGGGUAAUACUGAUUUUGCAUUUAGUACAUUGUACUUUGGCGAAUAUGCGAACUUUGGGCCUGGUGCAGCAACCCGGGACCGGGUCAAAUGGCCCGGAUACCAUAUUAUAGAUAGCCCGAGUGAAGCAUCACAAUUCACGGUGGAAAGGCUCAUAUCGGGCCGAGGUUGGUUGCGGGCUACUGAAGUUCCAUUCAUUGCUGGGUUGUAAGAACAUAAUUUAUAUGUUAGUGAUAACUUGUUCAUGUA